GACAGAGGUGACAGCAGUGUGUUGUUUUGUUCGCAUAAGGUUUUACGUUUCACUGCGUAGAAAUUCUAGUGCACUUUAUUAAAUAAAAUUUAAACAGCAAAAGCUUACUAAAAGUUUCAACAAGUGAACAGUAAAGUAUCUAAUCGGUGGGAUGGAUGUGAUGGCACCGCAGUUGAUGUGGAUUGGCACUCGGUGCUACCGGGUGAACCAAACGAGUCUGGAUUUUGUGUGCGAACAGCCGGGCGAGGAAAGCAAACCCUACGUUGAAGAAGACCUUUACGAGGAAGAUGAUCGUGAACUUGACUACGAUAUUCAACAAAUUGAAGGUGGCAAACUUCAGACAUCCUUUCAUGUUCCAUCAGCCUUCUUUUCGAUAAUCAUUGGCAACAAGGGAACGACCCGCCGCCGCAUUGAAGCGGAAACCAAAACGCAGAUCGUCGUACCGAAACAGGGCACCGAAGGGGAUGUGGUCGUCAAGGGUACGUCCGCCAAAGCCGUAACCGCCUGUCGCCAACGUAUCGAACUGAUUGUACUGGCAGCACGUAACAAGCAGCAUUUCACCCAUUUCCUGUCGAUCCCGAUGACAUCGGACGAGAUCAAGUCGAACUAUAUUAAAUUUCGGGAGAAGGUCCUCACCGAACUGCCCAGCGGAUUCCAUUUGGACGAAUCACUGUUCCAGAAGCCGGAAAAGCUGCACCUGACGCUGUGCAUGAUGAGUCUGAUGGACAACGUGGAUCGGGCGCACGCGGCUCAGCUGCUGCAGGACUGCCGGGAGUCGAUCAUUAAAAUAACCCUGGCCGAAUUUGGUCCCAUCGAAGUGCACCUGCGCGGGUUGGCCUACAUGAACGACGAUCCCAGCUCGGUGGAUGUCCUGUACGCAAAGGUGGAAUCGGAACCGCUUCAGCGUAUCGCCGACCAGCUGAUGGAGUAUUUCAUCGCGAAUGGGUUAAUCAAGCGGGAGUACGACCACGUUAAGCUGCACGCAACGCUGAUCAAUUCGACCUUUGGCCGGCACAAGGCGCACAGCAGCGGCGAUGAAGCAGGUGGCGAUGACAAAAAGCAUCACCGUCACCAGCGGCACCGCCGGGAGCGGUUCGAUGCGACGGAAAUUUUACGCGAGUUUGGCGAUUUCGAUUUCGGUGUGCAGACGGUUACCGAGAUUCACCUGUCGCAGCGGUUUUCGACGGCGUGCAACGGGUUCUACGAGGCCACAGGUAUGAUUAAAUUGUGAAUAAUGAUUUGUUGCUGGUUUUGUUGCA